CUGUCGCCGGUUUCCUCUCAAAUACGACGACCACCUCUCGCCGGAGACGACAACCUCUCGCCGGAGACGAAAUCAGAGCGCUUCGCGAAGGUAAUUUUUAAUUUUUGCACGAAGGAGGUGACGACCGGCCGUUUGACCCUCCGCCGGCAAGGGCGACGUCCUGCCCAGACGUCGCCGGCGACGGACGAACGUCCUGGCCGGACGUUUGACCGGUCGUUUGACACGCCGCCGGCGAGGGCGACGUCCUGCCCAGGCGUCGCCGGCGACGGACGAACGUCCGGGCCGGACGUUUGUCCGUCGCCGGCGACGCCUGGGCAGGACGUCGCCCUCGCCGGCGGCGGUCAAACUGCCAAAAUGGUGGAUACAAGAGGAAAGAAGAAGUUGAAGGAGGUAGAGCCGUCGAGGGUGACCAACCGUAUAGUAUUGAGGUCGCGUCGUGAGGAAGCCGAGAAUGAGCGUCGACGUGCUAGACUUGUGGAGAAUCCUUCUCCCCCGCCUCCCGUCCCUUUUGACUUAGAUACAGCUUUUGAGGGAGUGGAUGAGUAUGAUGGCAGUGAUGACAAUUAUGAUGACUUCCCGGAUGUAAAUGAUGCUUUCUUCGAGAGCAACCAUCCGAGUGCAGACGUGGGGCUCGUGGUCGUUUUGAGUCAUCACGACCCGAUUCGGAGGAGGGCAGCACUAGUAAGAGGAAGAAGGCGAGAGAAGCUGAUUCGUGGAUUCUCGACAGGAGUGGGCCGGGGGGGGCCUAUCGAUCAUAGCCUGAUUCCUAGUUUUGGAGGUCAUGUGGCUUAUCGAUUAUGGGAUGAUGGUUUAGGGGCUCGCCGAAUGGAUUCAUUCAAGUUGUCGACUAGAGCAUUGGCAGUCAAUUAUUUGAAAGAUUACAAAUUUCAGAGUGAGGGUGCUGCAGCAUUGGUUGAGAGGACAGGGUUGCGCAAGUUGUUGGACUGCUCGAUCCAGCACUUGGACGGACCUUUACUUGUGGCAUUUGUGGAGAGGUGGCAGCCUGACACCAACACCUUUCACAUGCCUUUUGGAGAGAUGACCAUCACGCUCCACGACGUUGCAGUGUUGCUUGGGAUUCCAGUCGGUGAAGAUAUGGUUGUAGGGAAUGAGAGUGUGAAAGCACAGUUGUGUGAGAUGCUGAGGGUCGAACAAUUGAAUGAACGAUCCAAGCCUUCGCUUAAGAGUGGGGGUUUAGUGUGUGUUGAAGCUAUGCAGCAGGUUGGGAGGUUUCGGGAAAGAGAUUCUGAGGUACGGAUGUUCUUGACCUGUUUGUUGGGGACCACCUUGUUUGUGGACAGGAGUGGGGAUCGGGCGCAGGUUUGGCCUCUCCAGUUCUUGGGGGACACUAGACGGGUGAGGAAAUAUUCUUGGGGGUCUGCUACACUCGCCUAUUUGUAUAGGCAACUCGACAUGGCGUCUCGGGCGAAUUGCAAAGGCAUGGGUGGCUGUUUGACCCUCCUUCAGAUCUGGAUCUACGAGUACUUCCCGUGUUUACGAGAUCAGAAGUUGGGGACACGUGGAUUGGUGUGCGGGGAACCUUUUGCUAAGAAGUGGGAGGGGGUGAGAAUUGGAGGUGGGGCACAGUUGAUGAAUGAGAGGUUGGAUCACUAUCGUCGAGUACUGGAUAAUAUGACAGAUGAGUUCGUUUUUUGGUGCCCAUUCGGCCCCAGACCUGGUGAGAUGGUCUCUCGUUCUUUGUACUCUGGUGUCAUUCGGUGCAUGAGUGUUGAGGAGAUGUACGAUCCCUCGCGUUGCCUCCGUCAGUUUGGGUACGUACAGACCAUCCCCUCAGAUCCGCUUCCUCCAGUUGAUGUUUGCCGAUCUGCGAAUGUCAAGAUGUACUCCUUGUCCUACGGUCCCGGCUUGAGUGAGCUUUGGAAGGCCCCUCACUGCCACUCGGUGCAGUUGGAUUCGAUAUCGAGACCUGUUCAAAAACCGGAAGAUACCGAGGAUGGGUAUCUACAGUGGUAUAUGGGACGUACCCACCCGAGGAUCGUCUGCCCCAGUGCUGCUGACCAGGAGAUACACCACCAUCUUAGUCAUGAUCAGUUAGCUGUGAAGCUCGUCCGAGAGUUUCGCACUGUGAUUGAGCACCCUUAUGAUGACCACCUUGAUCUUCUUCUUGGAUUACAAGGGUUGCUUAAAGAGUACGACGAGGCGACUCCAUACCAGCCUCCACCUCAGUACUAGUGUUGUUCAUGUAGUUUGAGUACUAUGUAGUUUAUUUCUAUUUGGAGAACUAUGUCGUUAAUUU